GCGGUCUGACAGCUGUCAAGUGGCAUUUCAAUAUGGCGGCCACAAACAAAGCAACGCACCCUGCCUACUGCGCCCGUACCUGGUUUCACAAAACUUCAUGGCGGUGAUCGAUUCAGCUGCAUUGUCGUCGUUGUUUGUUCUGUUUUCUAUUUUUGUGUACGCGUGAGAAAGUUUCACCUUAACCCGAUACAGUGCGCGAGUGCAUUCGAGCUGUACCCAUGUCGAUCGGGGUUAAUUUGCGUGUGACGGGCCACACGUCGAUCGGUGGCCGCAAGUACCAGGAGGACUACUUUUCCGUCGCCUACCAGCAAACGGAGAAUGACCAAAAUCUGGAGUACGCGUACUUUGGCAUUUACGACGGGCAUGGCGGCGCGGAAGCGUCCCUGUACGCCAAGGAGCAUCUGAUGAACACGAUCGUGAGCCAGAAAUUGUUCUGGUCGGAGAAUGAUGACGAUGUGCUGAAAUCGAUACGCGAAGGCUACAUCCAGACACACUAUUCGAUGUGGCGCGAGCAAGACAAAUGGCCAAAAACGUCGUCCGGAUUACCGAGCACGGCAGGAACGACGGCCAGCAUCGCGUUUAUAAGGCGUGGAAAAAUUUACAUCGGUCACGUAGGCGAUUCGGGCAUCGUGUUGGGUUACCAGAAUGAUAAGGAAUCGGCACACGACGGACGCUGGGUUGCGACACCGCUCACCGAAGACCAUAAGCCCGAAAGUUACGCAGAAAAGAUGCGUAUUAUGAGCUGCGGCGGUAAGGUGGUCACCAAGUCCGGGGUGCCGCGUGUUGUGUGGAACCGGCCACGCAUUGGCCAUAAGGGACCGGUGCGACGGAGUACACCGAUCGACGAGAUACCGUUUCUGGCGGUGGCACGAAGUUUGGGUGAUUUGUGGAGCUACAAUUCGGCGAUGGAUGAGUUCGUCGUAAGUCCCGUGCCGGACGUGUCGGUUAUUGAGAUCGAUCCGAAAAAGUAUCGAUGUCUCAUAUUCGGUACCGAUGGUCUGUGGAACGUAAUGUCACCGAAGAAUGCGGUCGACAUUGUACGGAACGCGGAAAUGGAAAACAUACGCAUUGCGCUUGAAGGUGGCAAUGAGUGGAAAAAUCCGAGCAAGCUGCUAGUGAACGAGGCGCUCGAUCGGUGGAGCCGAAGCAAUAUGAAGGCCGACAAUACGUCCGUCGUUAUCAUAAUGCUGGAUCCUCCCGGGCCACCCAAGCGAGAUGUGCUCAAAUCGGUUAAGGAUAGCAUCCAGCACGUAGCUACUAGCGAUCCGCUAACCACUGGCCAAGGUACGGUGGGAAGCAACAUUAUCCAUCUGUUCGACUGUAUCACACGUGGCGAGACAAUCCCGUCGAUGGCACAGAUGGACAGCUUGCGGUACAGCAACAAUGCGCACCACGGCGGACAUGUGGCGCACAGCUACCAGCACUCACACCACGCCACGGAGCAAUAUUGUGAUACAGAAGGGCAAGUUGGUCAUCAGCAAACGGAACACCAAAUGGCACAUCUACAAGCGGCUGCCGAUCAGUACGUCAGUCCUGUCCUUCCAUCUACCUCGUACCAGGAUCAGGAUCUUUCCUACACGGACAGCUUUGCCGAUUCGUACAACACACUACUAAACCGUAACUUUGAAAAUACGGACCACUCGUACACAUCGCUCUUUCAUCCGGUCAGCGGGCACGCCGAAGGUCUUGAUGCCGCCGAUGAUUUGUACCGCACUAAAGCCACCAUGGUGGAAGGCGAUGGCCCGCACGAAGAGGACGAUGAAACGAUGUACGACUACUCAUCGCUUGCGUCGGACGAUGAUACGAUGCGCACAAACCAGUGCAGCGAUUCAACGUACUCGCUAACAAAUUUGCAAACCAAAUCGGAACGAUUGCGGGCUGAGUUGCUGGAGUCGUGCAGCUCACCGGACACGUACUACCAUCAGCAGCCGCGGUCGGAAGACAGCGCGGGAGGGUAUACGGGAAAUUUGGCCAUUAUCGAGCACUUUCACAAUUAUCAUCAUCCUCCACCACCGCACGGGUACGAAGAGCACGCGAGAGCUUCCCACUCGGAGCCGAACGAGCACGUGUCCCAUCACAACUAUCACCAGUACCACCAGCUGGAUCAGUUGGACGAGCAGCAAUUUCAGCAUCAUCAUCAUAAUCACCAUCAGCACUAUCAAGAUUAUCAGAUGGAACGGUACGAUUAUCGACAUCAUGCGGCCAACAAUAAUGGUAGCGUGGUCGUGCCUUGUGAAGCAACGUGCAGCAAAUAUCCAUCGCAGAAGAGUGAGCAGCGCAUUGCACACCAAGCGAACGAAGACGAGGGAGCAGAGGAAGCGGAGGUGGAGGACGAGGAUGAAGAAAUGGGACAGGAAAGUGGUUCCAGCACGGACGCUUCGACCCAACAGCAGAUCAUUUCCAUCCAUGGUCAUCGUAUCCAGAUCAACGAGGUUUCUUCCUCGUACGUGGGCACAUCGAAGCUUCUUUUACCGCACCGCUCGGACAGCGAAAGUACGACCAGCACCAAUGGCGGCACUGCGGACAGUGGCGAUGAUGAAAACAGUGCCUCUUCAACGACCUCCUCCUCCUCCUCGUCGUCGACCGUGGUGGUACCGGUGCUGGUAAAGCAACGCUCGCGCAAACCCCCGGGACAAUCGGCCCCGGCACGCGUAAUAACGAUCUUCUACGAAACGCGCAGCUCUAGUCGCCGCCGUCAGUGCCGGGUGAGUCGAAGCCAGCACACCGAAUUGAAACCAUUCGCCGGAGGAAUCGUAAAGCGUAGGAAAACGGUAAUACGGUCCACCAACACUACGAACCACGGUGAGGGUAAAGGAUCGCUGAAUGUUCAUGCGCCUAAUCAUCGUGCGGCAGAAACGUUUGUGCGAAGAGCAUUGCGCUCGAACGGUGUUGUGAACGGGGCGACCCGGCAAGCUCCUACCAGUACGCCGGCGACCGCUGGCAAGCUGGUGGUGCACGAGUUUGGUGUCAGCACUACCACACCGGUUCGCUGUUUGCCCUCGGUACACGCCAACCUGCAACCCGCAUCACCCGGCAUGAGUCGAAGCGGUUGCAGCACAAGACGAAUGAGGCUCGGCGAGCAGCAAGCACUCGCUCUAUUACAACGGGAAUCGACGAAACGGGCGAAACAAUUGCGGCGUGCUCAAUGACCGUAAGGCGGCGGUGUGUAAAAUGGGAAGCAGCAAUAGCAGCCCAGCAAUAUAGGUGUGUAGUUUAGCUAGGGAAAAGCGACAGACAGUAAACAGAGACAGAAGGUGAAGCGAAAAGGGCUGUGAGCAACAAAUCGUAUUUCAUUCAUCCACUCAUUUUGUAAAGCAUCCUUUCAGAGGUCUUCCACACCUCACGCUAUGGAUUUUUUCCUACCUUUUUUUAUACAACUCUGUUCAUCACAAUCACAGGGGCGCGCCAAUUAUGCUUUCAAUUUAGGCUUCAUUUUAUCUCUACCCCUUCUCCUAUCCUCUCCAACGGAUGGAUUUUUCUCUCAUAGUGCUUGCAUUUUAUCCACCUCAAUCAUCUGUAUAUAAUAAUCGAGUUUGGUUUACGCUCAUCAUACUCAUCAGUUAAUCAGUAAUUGAUUUCCCCAUUUUGUUUUCUACAUGCAUAAAGUGUUGUUUUUGAGUUGUUUUGUCGUCCUAAGAGGGGUACGUUACAAUAGAGUGUAGUAAGGCCUGUAGUGUGUAUUAAUUCUCUGUGUGUGAGUGUAUGUUCCGUGCGACUAGGCUCGGGAUGAGUGUAUAGAGUACUAUAUUUUUCAAAAAGCGUUACACUAACCGUUACAAAGGACGAACUACUAGUUUCCCUCUAUAUUAUCGUUAGACAAACAACAGAAAAGUUCAAAGGCGCAGAUAAACCGGGUGAAGGAGAAGGAGAGAGAGGGUGUGUGUGUUAGAGGUUGCAUGUGCAACGUUAGGCCAAAGCAGAAUCGAGUUUGCGUAUGUUCAAAAAGUGCCUAUAUGACUGUGAGGCAGGUAGGAGUAGCUCACGCCAGUCGUUAGGAUAUCCCGAUGUUUCUUCGUGUACGGGCGCGCACGAGUGUUUGAGGAGUUUAAGUGUAAGUGUUCUUUUUGCAUGCUUCUAUUUUUGAUUUGCACCUUAAAUCUACAAUCAGUGGACAGUAGAGACAGUCUAACAUUUUGUUCUUUCAUGGAGCAGCGUCAGUUAGAUUUAGUUAGUGGUUCUGAAGCGGACGACUUCAAACAAACGGCGCACACAUGUUUAAAAUGCACCAGCCUCUCAAUCUUCGUAUAGAUUUUAGCUAGCAAUAAUUAUUUCUCAUACAUGUACAUGUGUAGAAAGCGCAGUGUUUUGUGAAAGCAAGAAUAUGUUUGUCUAGCUAGUAAGGUGUUUUUUUUUUGCUAUUGCUGUUUGUUUGCUAUAUUCUAUUGUGAGGAAAUAAAUAUUUUGAACUUAUAACCC